GAAAAAUAAAAAAAAUUAAUCUCAUACUACUAGAUAAGUCACUGUGUUUUACUCAUUACAUCAGAGGAACUGGCAAACUUUUUGAACUUAAAACAUACUAUAUAUCUUCUUAACAUGUUGUUAGUUGGAUGCAAUGUAGACAUAUGUACUUGUAAUUGUAAACAUAUUUUCUUGUUCAAAGUCAUGUGUGAUACAAGCAUCCAUCCUUGUAGCUUAGAUUUGUGUGAGCUGAUGUGGAUGGAUGUGUAUGUUUGGGUGAUCCAUGUUUCGCAUCAAAGCAACAAAAAAUUGUCAGUUUGAUCUCAACACCAUCUUCAAAUUUGUUUAUUUCUUCAUUCUGAGAUGUCAAACUCUGCCUCCUGGGUAAGAAUUAUGGAAGCCUAUCAAUAGUAGCAGAAUAUUUGUAGAUUUUCUGGCGCCCUUUUCGACUCUGAAUAAGGAAAACAAGAUUCAGGUAGACACCUGUGCAACCUAACGUUCUUCAAACUGGUGAAGCUUCAGGUUAGCAACUCAAAACAAACCAGGUGUUUGGAGAACCACUACUUUCAGAUAACGCUGAGCGAUACCCAUCCCUGUUGAAACUCUGUUUACCUCGGUUUACUUAUUAACAUCAAAACAUGAAUGAAUUGCCGCUUGCUUAUUAAUUUCAGAUUAGGCACCCUAGGCCACUUGCUGUAUUUUAAUCAUCUGAUUAGUGAGUGCGCUACAGAUAAUAAUUAUUUGAUUGUUUUUUUCAGCAAGUUGAGCCCAACUAAAGUUUUUAAAAAAUGCAACUAGCUGAAUGGAGUAACAUCAAAACCUGAAUGCAUUGCCACUUGCUUCUUAUUAACUACAGCUUAGGCCGGCAACUUAGGCUGCUUGUUCUAUUUUAAUCAUUUGAUUAGUGAGUGCGCUAUAGACAGCGAGUAGCUAUUAGUUUUUUCAGCAAGUUGAGCCCAGCUCAACUUAAAAAAAUGCGACUAGCUGGAUCAGAUCCAUUCAUGUCUUGUUGACUUUGGAGAGUAGUGCGGCCUCCAUUCUGCUUCUCCUGCAAUCUCCCAUCUCCUUCAUUGCAGCACCGGCUCCUGCAAUCCCAAGCCGCCUUCAUUGUCCUUCCUUCACCUCUUCAUGAGUGUAAGCUCUCUGCCUUCUGUUUUAUUUCUUGACAAAUACAUCCACUUGCCCAAAGGCAAGAAGAAGAAUCAGUGUGCAUCGGCACUGUUUACUAUAUGUUCUAUGCUGCAGCUCUCUGAUUAAUCUCCCUGUCUCCUGCUCCUGCAGGUUUUCCAUCUAUUGCUAUCAAAAACCUUUGAUUUCUAAUCCAAGGGGCAUCAACUAGAGCUCGUGCUCGUGCUCCAUGUUCAUCCAUUCCGUUUAGCGUUUACCCGUCCCUUCCGUCUCAUUUUCCCCUCCAGAUAAAGUUCUUCACUUCACCAACCACCAUCCAAAUAGAUGAUUCUGUGAAUACACACAGCUAAACCUGCCUUUGGAGUAAUUUUACCAUCUUUGCUCUGUUCCUAUUUUCAUUCCUAACAAAUCCCAAAUUUCCCACUGUGUCUUACUACGCCCAAGAAAAAAAAGAAAAGAAGAAAAGAUACAUCCUCCCCUUAUACCCACCGUGUGCUUUCCAUGGCAGAGGUGGCGCUGGUUGUGGCUGGCAUACGGGCUGGCUUACAAUUGGUGGUAUCACCAAUCUUAAAGAAGCUCCUAGCUGACCCUGCAAGGUGCCUUGGUGUGGACAUGGUGAGUGAGCUCUGUGAACUGGAGACCAACAUCAUGCCGCAGUUCGCUCUACUGGUUGAAGCAGCUAACAAGGGCUCACACAGGGCAAUGCUGGAAAAGUGGAUCCAGCAGCUCAAAGAUGCCUUCUAUAAAGCUGAGGACCUGCUAGAUGAGCAUGAGUACAACAUCCUCAAGCGCGAAGCUGAGAACGGGAAGGAUCAUUCGCUGGAGCAUGCAUCUUCCAGUGACGCUAUAAUGAAGCAUAUGCGUACUGUGUCGAGCAGGCUGUCCAAUAUGCGCCCAAAGAAUAAAAAGCUAUUCGACCAGCUGAAGGAACUGAAGGCCAUCCUGGCGAAAGUCAAGGACUUCCGCGACCUGCUUUGCUUACCUGCUGGUAAUGGUGUUGAGGCCUCCGCAGUACUGACAUCUGUUAUUCCAGUGGCCACAUCAAUAGGACUUCCGAGAGUGAUCGGUCGUGACAAGGAUCGUGAUGAUAUUAUAGAUCUUCUAACGAAGCCGAUUGCUGUUGAGUCUGGUACACGUAGGUAUUCUGGUCUAGCCAUUGUUGGACUUGGAGGCAUGGGAAAAUCCACCUUGGCGCAGCAUGUUUACAAUGACAAGAGGGUAGAAGACCAUUUUGAUGUCAGGAUGUGGGUCUGCAUCUCGCGCAGACUUGAUGUGGACGUGAAUCCAAGAGCAUGCCCUGAAUCAGCAGCAAAGGGAGAAUGCCCAUGUAUUGGUAACCUUGACACUCUACAGUGCAAAUUAAGGGACAUGCUGCAAAAGUCAAACAGAUACCUUCUUGUAUUGGACGAUGUCUGGUUUGAAGAAAACACCAAUGAGAUGGAGUGGGAGAAAUUAUUGUCCCCUCUAAUUUCUCAGCAGACAGGAAGCAAAGUUUUAGUAACUUCUAGAUCAAAUAUACUCCCAGCUCCAUUUUUCUGUAAUGAAAUCAUUUGUUUGAAAGACAUGGAACCUACCGAUAUUUUAGCACUCUUCAAGUACCAUUCCUUUUCUGGAGCAGAAACGGCAGACCAGAGGUUACGUGAGCAGCUGGAAACUAUUGCAGAGAAGCUUGCUAAAAAAUUUGGAAGAUCUCCUCUGGCAGCAAAAACUGUGGGUUUACAGCUCGGCAGGAAAAAGGAUAAGGCUGAAUGGGAAAAUGCUCUAAGGAUUGACAACUUAAGUGAUCCCACUAAAGCACUUCUGUGGAGUUACCAGAAGUUAGAUCCAAGUCUGCAGAGGUGUUUUCUAUAUUGCAAUUUAUAUCCAAAAGGCUACAAUUAUAAAAUUAAGGAGUUGGUUCACCUGUGGAUGGCAGAGGGACUUAUUGAUUCGAGCAAUGUGGACAAGAGAACAGAAGAUAUGGGAAAGGAUUGCUUUAUUGAGAUGGCCAAUGUUUCAUUCUUUCAACGAGUUUAUAAUAUGUACACUGGUACGUCCUAUGUUAUGCAUGAUCUCAUUCAUGAUAUGGCACAGUCACUCUCCAAAGAAGAUUGCUAUAGACUGGAUGAUGAUAAGGUGACAGAAAUACCCUGCACUAUCCAGCAUUUAUCUAUUUGUGUUGAGAGUAUACAAAAGCACAAGCAAAGCAUUUGCAAGCUACAUCAUUUGCGCACUGUUAUCUGCAUUCAUCCGCUGAUAGAUGAAGUAAAUGAUGUUUUUAUUGGGCUAUUGGAGAAUUUGAAGAAGUUACGUGUACUGUCUUUGUCAUUUUACAAUAGUUGGAAGUUGCCAGAAUCAGUUGGUAAGCUGAAGCAUCUUCGCUAUUUGAACAUCAGCAACACAUGGAUUUCUGAAUUGCCAAGAUCAUUGUGUACUCUUUACCAUUUACAAUUCCUUCAUUUCAGUGACAAAGUUAAGAGUUUGCCGGACAAAAUAUGCAAUUUAAGUAAGUUGUGUUAUCUCGAAGGAAUCAGUCACAGAGGCAAGCAUGUGCAUGAUCUGCCUCAAAUCCCUUACAUAGGCAAGUUAACCUCGCUCCAAGGACUUCAUAAUUUUUCCGUGCAAAAGCAGAAGGGAUUUGAGUUGUGCCAGCUUAGGGACAUGAACGAGCUUGGUGGCUAUUUGAAUGUGACGAAUCUUGAAAACGUCACUGCAAAGGAGGCCUUGGAGUCAAAGCUUCAUCUGAAAAGUCAUCUUGAAAGCUUGCGCCUUGAAUGGAGUUCCAACAAUGACAUGACUACUAAUAGUUUACAUCUGGAGACAUUGGAAGGUCUAAUGCCACCGACUCAACUUGGGAGUCUUACUAUUAAAGGCUACAGAUCUAUAAAAUAUCCAGGCUGGUUCCUUGAGGGUUCUUAUUUUCAGAAUUUAGAAUCUUUUGCACUUGUUAAUUGCAGUGCAUUACAAGGCCUGCCAUCUAAAGUAUUUGGGAAUUGCUCCUCACUUGUCCUCACGAAUAUCCCAAACCUGGUAACGUUACCAUCUCUUCCUGCAGGUCUUAAAGAUUUAAAGAUUGAGGAAUGUCCACUGCUUGUAUUUAUCUCCAGCGACGAGCUAGAACAACAAGACCAGAGGGAUAACACUUUGAUGACAGACUGGUUGGUAUCGCAGCUUUCUUCCAUGUGGGAGGUGGAUUCAGAAUCAGAAAUCAGGAAGAUACUAUCUGCUGAACAUUCAUCUGUGAAGCGGUUGGUGAUUUCGAUGGAUGCUGAUAUGUCUCAGCUUCAAAUAAUUGAAUGUGCUCUAGAAAGAGGAUUGGGAAAAGAGGAUACCAUCAAGACAUGGAUAUGGUGCCAUGAGGAGAGGAUAAGACUCAUUUGUACAAGGAACAUCGGCAUGCCACUGGUUCCACCAUCAAGGCUUUGUCGGCUUGACCUUUCUUCAUGCAUUAUUACAGAUGCAGCAUUAGCUAUUUGCCUUGAAUGUCUCCCUUCACUGAGACAUUUGUCAUUAAAAGAGAUUAUGACUUUAACUACACUUCCAUCACCAGAUGUCCUCCAACAGUUGACAAAGCUUCAUUGCUUGCACAUCGACUCAUGCUGGUACCUUAGAGCACUAGGGGGGUUACGAGCUGCUACCGCUCUUUCAGGAAUUUCAUUACGGAGCUGCCCUUCUUUAGACUUGACACGUGGGUCAGAGUUUUUGCCAUUGUCCCUUGAGAGUGUCUUCAUACAACAUUGUUUGGUUGCAGCUGAUCUCUUCAGUAGUGACUUGCCGCACCUGAAACAUCUUGGCAUGAUUUGGUGCAGAACUUCUUCAUCGUUGUCGAUUGGUCAUUUAACCUCCCUUAAAUCAUUAUCACUACACAAUCUGCAGCACUUGUGCUUUCUUGAAGGCUUGUCUUCGCCACUAUUGGAUGCACAUUUUACAAAUGUCCCGAACCUCAGUAUGAAUUGCAUAUCACAGCUGCGUGUUGAGAAUUCCCUCUAUGUUAGCAGCCCUGUAAUGCUCAACCACAUGCUCCUAUCUGAAGGUUUUACAGUUCCAGGAACUCUCGCUAUUUCAGAAUGCAAGGAGCGAUUCUUUUCGUUUGAAGAAUCAGCAGAUUUGUCAUCUGUCGACCGCUUGUUAUUUAUGAAUUGUGAAAUCAGUUCAUUGCCAGAUUUGAAGUGCUUUUCAUGUCUGACGAUGCUCCAAAUUAUUCGAUGCCCCAAUCUAUCAUUUUUACCAGAUUUGCCAUCCUCCCUCUACUGCAUAUGUGUGAGUGGUUCUGAACUCUUGAAGAAGAGUUGUCAAUCACCUCAUGGUGAAAGCUGGCCAAAAAUUGAGCAUAUCCGUUCAAAAUAUUUUAAUUAAUUUUCAUCCAGAUUUGGAACUAUAUAGGAACAGAAAGGACUCGAAGGACCAUGGGUCAUUGAGGUGGAGUGAGUCUCUCAAGCUCUCAUCAUGCAGUUAAGCUCUCCCAUGUGUCAGUCGGUUGAUGCCUCAGUUCACUUUCAUUGCUGAUUUCUGCAAUAUAGUCCUCCUUGCCCUCGACAGCUCCACCUACUUUGCCAACACUUGUAUAUAAUUUAAUUAUGCCUAUUGUGAUGUUGGCUUCUGUGACCGGCCCGAAGCUUGGUGCGGAGGAGUGGCUAGCUGUGAAGAAGUUCCGUCGUCUGCUCGGAGAAUUGUUUUUGGGCUGGACUGUUGUGAAAUGCGAACCACAAACUUUAUCUAGGUGGAAGAAGCCAUCAGCAAUAUUCGAAUUCCAUGAUCGUGUGUUAAUAUUUAUUGCUGCUAGGUUCACAUGCGUGGAACUGUGCCGGCCCCUUGUGCUGUGUGUCUUUAGCUGGCCCGUAGUUCAAGCCUAGCAGAAAGCAUCCAAUCAGCACGUAUUACGUAGCAACGAGAUUAGAUUAUUAAAACCGAAAAGCUUGCAAAAAGCCACUCAUUGCACGCACCACCAAGGCGACGAAUCUGCAUUAUCGACAAACAACAUCUGUUCUUUUGACCAAACGGCACCAAUACUCAUUUUAAAAUACUAAUUUCUUAUUUUUCAU